UGUAGCAUCUGCUGUCCAGCACUUCAGCACUGUACGGUCUCUUCUGCUCUUGUUUGAUGCUCACGCGCUUACAUCUCCUCCUCCUCCUCCACCCAGAGCCUGAGCAGAGACAGCCGCCUCCCCUGCACGCACGGCAUUUCCCAGCGCUUACACAGUAACACAGAGAGAAGAGCUGAGCAGCUGCAAGAUACUGAAUUAUGUGCACCAGGGUAACAGCUGAAGGAAUGGACUGACUUCCCUAUUUAAACUGAAAUCUGUAAAUCAACUUCUGACAGAAACCGUGGAGCAGGGACAUAACGGAAGGUGUUGCAAUGGCUGUGUGCAACAAUGGUACUAGGAUGCCUUCUCCACAAGAAACCACCAAUGGGUUCUCCCAACCCUGUGCUUCUGGUACUUGGCAUAAGGCUGAAGAGGAGUCAAGAACAACAGAGCCCAAUCUUGUGAAGAAAGCCCAUCGUGAAAUCUUGGAUCAUGAGCGAAAGAGACGUGUGGAGCUCAAGUGUAUGGAGCUACAGGAGAUGAUGGAGGAGCAGGGGUAUUCUGAAGAAGAAAUUCAUCAGAAGGUGGGAACCUUUCGCCAAAUGCUUAUGGAAAAAGAGGGAGUCCUAACCAGAGAGGACCAACAUGGGCGUCAGAUAGUUAUUGAAAACCAUUAUAUGGUUCCUGGAGAAGAGAGUGCCACAGAGUAUUCAAUGUAUGGAGAAGGCUACACCCUGGAAUGUGAGUGUCACAGCGAUUGGUACCGGGAUGACAGCAGCCACAGAGACUACAGGACAAAAAGAAGGCUAAGUAGCCCAGCGUCACCUCCACCAAAGAAGAGAAAGAAGAAGAAAUCUAGCCACAAAAGGAGUCGCUGUGAUAGCUCAUCACAGGUGCGGAAAGAGAAGAAAAAGAAGAGUAGUAAAAAGCACAAAAGGGACAGGUCAAAUUCGGGGUCAAGAAAGAAGAGAAGGCACAGAUCAAGGAGCCCCAGGAACAAAAAGAAAGAUAAAAUUAAAGACAGAAAGAGAUCUCACAGUGGGUCAACAACACGCAGAACCCACAGACACAGCAGCUGCAGUUCCCAUAGUGCAUCCCCUUCAUCUGACUACAGCACCUCCAAGUCACCAAAGAGACAAAGCCCCAAGCACAGGCAAGAUGGCCGGAAACCUUCUAACCAGAGAUCCAGUCGUAGCCUGUCCUCGUCAUGCAGUGGCCACAGUCGAUCUGCUACAACCCACCAGAAUGGACAUAAGAGUGGCAAUCACAAUGGUCACCACAGUGAUGGCAUCGGAAAUAUUCAAGAGAAGCAUUUGGAUCGGUUCAAUACAAUGUCUCCAUCUUCAAGGAUUCAUGUAAAAGUCGAGAUGUCACCCAGCCAAUUUAAGGGCAAAAAUAGGCAUGACAUCAGAAGCCCAAGAUCUGUUUCAUCAAGCAAAGGUGAUAGAUGUUCAUCGGAAGAAAAACACCAUCAUCGAUCCAAGUCUGCAUCAUCAGAGAGGCACCACCAUCGAUCUAGAGCUAGAAACAGAUCUUAUAAGACAUGUCCUGCCAACUCAGGAAGCCAUACUGGCUAUAGCAGUGACUCUGAGGAAUCAGUAUUAUCCCACACAGUGGGGAUGGACAAAAAUCAUGGUGCGCCUUUGAAAAAGAAAAGAGUUAGACGUGGUAGGCAAAACAGCUGUUCUGAAUUUUCAUUGAAACAACCAAGACAAAACUCAGACAGAAAGAAAAGUCCAGCAAGAAGUACUGGUAAUAGAGGGAGCUCCUGGAGUUCAAGCUGCUCCCCAUCCCGUUCGAGAUCACGUGAGAAGAGGUCAGUAAGAAGCAGAUCCCGAUCGGCGUCCCAAAAGAAGACUGCCAACAGGGAAAAAGAAAGUGACACCAAAGCACGACAUAAUGAUACAGAGGCAGCCCGGCCACGUCGUCGAUCCAGAAGUUACUCACCAAUCCGAAAAAGACGUAGAGAUUCUCCGAGUUUUAUGGAAGCCAGAAGAAUUACAAGUGCUCGAAAGCGCCCAAUUCCUUACUACCGUCCAAGUCCCUCUUCUUCCGGCUCCCUGAGCAGCUACUCCCACAGUCGUAGCCGAAGCAGAAGUUAUGACAGCUACAGCAGCUACAGUCGCAGUCGGACUCAGAGCCGCACCCCCAGCCACAGUCGAAGCCCCAGCUACAGAAGCAGUUCAGAGAGUGCUGGAUUUUAAGCUGCUGUACAUUUUAACCCACCCUCGAAAUAAUCACAUUUGCUUCCUAAAGUAGGUUGUGUUUUAGCUCAAGAGGAAUCUGAAGGAUGGUGUCAUAAUUAGGUUGAUAUAUUUGUAUGUAUAGAAAGAAAAUCAUAAACUUGAGCAUCGACAAAAUCACUUUAAUAUAAGACUUCAGUUUAUGAAGUUUAACAUCUAAAGAGAAAUGUACUUUUCAAACUAUCCUCUCUGUAAUAUAUAUUUCACAUAUUAUUUGUACAGUCAUCCAAGAGUUCAUUGGCUGUAAGCACAGCAUCCGGAUUUUUAUCUUCUUCUAGCAUAAAGCAGCUUCAUUAUUUUCCCUUCUCACAAAUACUAAGAACAGAAUCCAUUACAGUAUCUCAAAAAGUUUCUUAAUUCAUUUGAAUUCCCAACAGACUCUUCAUGGCCCUAAAAUCUAUAUAAAGC